AUGGAUUUGUCUAUUGAAUGUGGUACGUCUAAUGUUGUUCAUGUUUGUAUCCCUGGUGGAACGAAGAUAUGGAUUCCAUGUUGUGAUAGUGAGAUUAGACCAACUAUAGGUAUGAAAUUUUCAAAAUUUGAUGAAGAGAAAGUUGAUAGUAUCGGGGAAGAAGAUGAUAAUUUUGUAGAUGAUAUGAAUGUUGAAGAAGUGGUUGUUGGUCAAGAUAAAGAAGACUAUGAUUGUCAAGAAGCGAAUACUCCUAUGGUUAAAAGAAGAUUGUCUACUCGAGUUGGUUGUAAGGAAAAGAUGAUUUUAAAGUAUUGCGAAGAUGGAGGUUACAUUGUUUAUAAUUUUGAAGAAGGGCAUACUCAUCAUAUGUAUUCAUCCGAGAACUCUCAUUUUCAGAAGUCCAAAAGAAAGCUGACAAUGUUUCAUAAGAAAAUGAUAAUUGAUAAUUCAAAGGUGAAUAUUGGUCCUAUCAAGACAUACAGAAUGGUGAAGGAAUAUGUUGGUGGGUAUGAGAAUAUAGGUGCUAGUAGGAAUGACUUCAAAAAUUUUCAUAGAGAUUUGAAGGCGUAUAUUGAAGGAUCGGACGCCCAGAUGUUUGUUGACAAUUUUAAGAGGAAAAAGUUGAUGUGGUCGGCUUAUUUUUUUUAUUACGAAAUGGAUGAAGACGACUGUCUAUGUAGAGCUUUAAGGGCAGAUCCUAUUUGCCGGAGAAAUUAUACCGUAUUUGGUGAUAUGCUCUCGUUUGAUACAACCUACCAAAGCAACAGAUAUAAUAUGGUGUUUGGUCCAUUCACGGGAGUCGAUCACCACAAGAAAUGUUUCACUUUUGCUGCUUGUUUUAUUGCAAAGGAAGAUGUUGCUUCAUUCCAAUGGCUAUUUAGAACAUUUGUUAAGGCAAUGGGCGGUAGGGAGCCCAAUUGUUUAAUUACGGAUCAAGAUCCAGCUAUGAAAAUUGCUGUAAAUUCUGUUUUCCAGCAAUGUGAGCACAAAUUUUGUAUGUGGCGCAUAACGAAAAAGCUGCCUGAUAAAGUUGGAAGAAAUAUCAUUCAGGAUACUGAAAUUUUGAAGGAACUCAGUAAGUGUGUUUGGAAUUUAGAAAUUGAGGCACCUGAAUUUGAAGAGAAGUGGAACAAUGUUCUUGUUGAGUUUAAAUUACAAGACCAUGAUUGGUUGAAUUUGAUGUUUGAGAUGAGAUCUAUGUGGAUUCCAGCGUAUUUUAGAGAUGUGUUUAUGGGUGGUAUUAUGAGAACUACCUCAAGGUCAGAGAGUGAGAAUAAUUUUUUUACAUCCGUUGUAAAUCCUCACGUGUCUCUUGUGGAGUUUUUCAUGAGGUAUGAAACUGCGUUGGAUGCACAGAGACAUAGUCAGGCAGAGAAUGACAAUGAAUCACAGGAGAAAUUCCCUCAAUAUGAAUUGAGGAAGGAAGAUGGUAUUGAUGUAGCAAUUGUUACUGAGGCAAAUAGGAUAAGGAAAUUUAAAGUUUUGUUUGAGUGCAUAAGUUAUGACACUACCUGCUCUUGUAAGAAGUUUUAUAGGAUAGGAAUCCCAUGCAGACAUAUGAUAUGGAUGUGGAAGGCAAAGAAUUUAAAAAUCAUUCCAAAGCAAUAUAUCUUAGAUCGUUGGACAAUAACUGCUACUCAGAAACCAGUGUUAGAUAUAAGUUGUUUAGACACCGAAGAUGAUAGGCGGGUGGUUAUAAAUGAAAUGUGGUCGGAGAUAUUUUCUUGUGUGAGUUGGGUUAAAGGUCAUGAGGAGGACUUUAUUAAGAAUAUUCGAGAGUUCAAGAAUAAAAUUGAAGCGACAAAAAAUGUUACUGUAGUUGAUACUCAAAAUGUGAGAUCUAGUGAACAUGAUAUUGAGAUGUUAAUAGGAUGUAGCAUUCCUGAUGAAAUACUUGUUCAGCCUCCUAAAGUGUCGAAGAAUAAAGGUACAGGUGUUCAUGAUGGCUGUGGAACUAGUGAGUCUAAAAGAUUAAAGGGUGCUAAAGAAAUAGCAGUUGAACAAUCUAAAAAGAAAACGAAGAGGAAAUGCAGUGGCUGUGGCGAGCUAGCAUAUCAUGAUAUUCGGAAUUGUCCUCACAAAUCAUGA